CUUGCACACAACAAAGCAAAGGCCAUGUUGAAUGGGUACGUAUGUUCUAAACAGACUUGCUCAGGAAUUAAAAGUACUAUCAGGUGCCAUAGAUGAAGAAUCUUACAAAGUCUACAAUUAUUUUGGGCAAACGACCGCAAUCGAACCAAACACCAAGUCUUGAGGAUAAUGACAACAGUAAUUCAACUAAAAGUAAGAAUUCUUAAUUUAUGUAAGUUAUAAUCUAUACUAUCAAGUAUUAAGUUAUUCACCAGUCUUUGUGCUCCAUAUUUAAUUGUAAUUGUUUACUCACUAUAUAGUUGCUCCUGGAAUUUAUACAUUUGGGAAUUGUGUCCGAAGUAUUUUUAACUCAAGUGACAUAGAACACCAUGAUGUCACGAUUGUUCCGCUUGGUGGUCAGAACCGACGUGCCCCUAUUGAUGAAGGGUUAGAUGUAAAUACAAGUGAUCCCAAUCCUCAACCGGAUGGACUUGCUGAUAAUGCAACCUCUUCAAAUGAAGGUUACGUCGACCUUGGUGAUGGUAUACAUGAAUGUCAAUAUUGUGGUGCCCUUUUCUGGCAUGAAGAGAGAGUCAAAAGAUCCUCUGUGAAACAAAGGCCAAAAUUCACACUGUGUUGCAAUCAGGGGAAUGUUGUGCUCCCCAAAAUGCAACAACCACCAAAGCUUUUAGAAGAUUUGAUAUUUGCAAGGAUAAGCGGAGUAAACAUUUCCUUGAAAAUGUGAGAUCAUAUAAUUCAAUGUUCUCAUUCACGUCCAUGGGUGGAAAAGUUGAUCGUGAGAUAAAUCAAGGGAGAAAUCCUCCUAUAUUCUGAUUGAGUGGUCAAAAUUAUCACAGAAUUGGAAGCCUACUUCCAAAUGACGGGACAAGACCAAAGUUCUUACAGAUGUACUUAUCAGAUCCAUCUGAAGAAAUUUCACAGCGAAUAUCAACCGUGAGGAAAGAAAAUGACACAACAUUGGAUGAUACACUGGUACAUGAUUUGAGAGAUAUGCUCGAUACACACAAUGUUCAUGCGAAGUCUUUCCGGAUGGCAAGAGAUCGGUUUAAUGAGUCUAACUCUACAACACUGAAAAUGAGGCUCAUUGGAAAGAGGAAGACAGAAUGGCGAACAUAUAAUACUCCUACAGUUUCUGAGGUGGCAUCAUUUAUUGAGGGAGACUUCCAUGUGAACAAAGCUGAGCGAGACUUUGUCAUUCAAACAAAGUCAGGGGCUUUUCAAUUCAUGACAGAGUUAAACCCUUCAUUUUUGGGAUUGCAAUACCCCUUGCUAUUCCCGUACGGUCAGGAUGGAUACAGAGAAGAUGUUAGAUUGAGUCGUGCUAACAAUGAGACGGAGCGAGGAAGGAAGCAUGUCACCCAAAAAGAGUUCUUUUCAUAUAGGCUCCAAGAGUGGAAGAAUGAAACGUCAUAUAUAUUGCGAGCAAAAUGUUUAUUUCAACAAUUUUUGGUGGACGGAUAUACAAUGAUGGAAUCAGCUCGAUUGCAAUAUAUUCGCCAGCAUCAGAAGGAAUUAAGAAGUGACUUAUACAGUGGCUUAGCUGAUGCGGUUGGCCGGGGUGAGACUAAUGCAUCCAGGUUGGGUCAACUCAUUGUGCUACCUAAUUCUUUCACGGGGAGUGCACAUUAUAUGAUGCAUAAUUAUCAAGAUGUGAUGGCUAUAUGUCGAUGGGAAGGGUAUCCACAUUUAUUCACAUGUAAUCCUAAAUGGCCAGAGAUUAUGCGCUUCGUUAGUGACCGAGGGUUGAAUCCAGACGAUAGGCCAAACAUCCUUUGUAGGAUAUUUAAAAUGAAGGUUGACCUCCUAAUAAAAGAUUUGAAGCAAAAUAAGAUAUUUGGCGAUGUCAAAGCAGUUGUCUACACUAUCGAAUUUCAGAAGCGUGGUUUGCAUCAUGCUCAUAUAGUCUUAUGGGUUACUCAGAAAGGCAGGAGAAUAUCACCCUUAGAGAUUGACGAGAUUAUAUCAGCGGAGAUACCUGAUGAGGAUUCUGACCCGGACUAUUACAACGCAGUCAAAGAACUUAUGAUGCAUGGACCUUAUGGUGCAACAAACAAGUCAUCGCCAUGCAUGGAGAAUAAUGUUUGCACAAAACACUUUCCGAAACGUUUUGUUGAGAAAACAACCAUUGAUGGGCAUGGUUAUCCAGUUUAUAGACGACGUAAUGAUGGGAGAAUUGUUACAAAAAAUGGGGUAGAUCUCAACAAUAGACAUGUGGUCGCGCAUAAUCGUACAUUGCUGCUCAAAUAUGGUGCACACAUAAAUGUUGAGUGGUGUAAUCAAACAAGGUCAGUCAAGUAUCUUUUCAAGUACAUAAAUAAGGGUGACGACCGUAUCACAGUUGAAUUUUUUGAAGCAGUGGAUGGCACCAAACAACAACAAGUUGAUGAGAUUAAAAUGUACUACGAUUGUCGCUACAUCUCAGCAUGUGAGGCUGCAUGGAGAAUAUUUGGAUAUCCUAUCCAUUAUCGAGAUGUGUCGGUGGAACGUCUUAGUUUUCAUUUGCCAGACGAGCAACCAGUAUACUACCAUCCGAAUGAAUCGAUGGAAUCUGUUCUUGGAAAAAGCACAGUUCGGGACACAAAAUUCUUGGCUUGGAUGAAGGCAAAUGAAAAAUAUCCAGAGGCACGAGAAUUCACAUACGUUGAAUUUCCAACCAAGUUUACUUGGAAACAAUCAACCAAGGAGUGGAUGCCAAGAAAAAAGGAUUCUCAAUUGGUCAUGUGUUUUUUGUAUGUCCUGGGGCAGGGGAAAAGUUUUAUUUGAGGACACUACUGAAUGUUGUUAAAGGUGCUACAUCCUUUGAAGAGCUGCGCACUUAUAAUAGGACAUUAUUUCCCAGUUUUAGGGAUGCUUGCUAUGCACGUGGAUUGCUAAAAGAUGAUAAGGAAUACAUUGAUGGGAUCACUGAGGCAAGUCAUUGGGCAUCAACAUAUGCACUGCGUAAUUUGUUUGUUACUCGUCUUUUGUCGGAUGUGUUGUCAAAGCCACAAUUAGUAUGGGAGAACUGCUGGCAAUACUUGUAAUACUUGAAAUUUAAUAUAAACGGAUUAAUAGUACUACUUAUACCAACAGAGGUGCAUCUCCUUUUAAGGGAGCUCAUCAGCCAAGAACUCCAAAGUUACGCGUGCUUGCGCAGGGAGUAGUCUUGGGAUGGGUGGCCCCCCUGAGAAGUUUCUCAUGGCGCCCACGAGUGAGGACAAAGUGGGCGGUAAAGGCUCGUGGUGGUUUGUGAGGACAGUACUAGAGGUCAGAAAUAACUGCCUCGGGCCCUGCGGGGCCGGGGUGUUACAAUACUUUUUAGAGGACAUAUUGUACAACAAUUGAAGGGACCUCAAUGACCCUGAGUACCAAUUGAGCACAGAUGAGGUGAGAAAGUAUUGCUUCGUGGAGAUUGAGAAGCUGUUGAGGAAAAUGUGCAGAUCACUACGAGAUUUUGUGGGAAUGUCAAUGCCACCUGAAUCCGAUAUUCCCUCCAUUGAAGACACCAUGAUUCAUGAAGAGUUAAAGUAUGACAAAUCUGUUAUGGCCGAGUCACAUGCAAAAUUAUUGACAAACAUGAAUGAAGAGCAAUGAUGUGUCUACGAUAAAAUCAUGGAAUCUGUUGACGGGACGAGUGGAGGGUUCUUCUUUUUGUAUGGUCACGGUGGCACUGGAAAAACAUAUGUAUGGAAGACUUUAUCAGCAGCAAUAAGAUCACGAGGUCAAAUAGUGUUGAACGUUGCAUCGAGUGGGAUUGCAUCACUUCUUCUUCCUGGAGGACAUACUGUGCACUCAAGGUUUGCUAUUCCACUCAAUGCUACUGAAGACUCAACAUGCAAUAUAAAGCGUGGUAGUCCAUUGGCUAAAUUGAUUCAAAUGGCCAAGUUGACUGUUUAGGAUGAGGCCCCUAUAAUACAUAUGUAUGAUUUGGCCACAAUGAAUUUAAUUAUUAUUUAUUCUAUUAAAUUACAAUACAAUUUUAUUAAAAUAAAAAAUAGUAGUAAUAUUUAUAUUACUCUACAUAAUAACAUUAAUUUGGUUAUAAAAUUGUUUGUUAUCAUCAUCAAC